UUGGAGUUUGCAUGUUCUCCCCUUGGUCGAGUGGAUUUUUUCUCCAGGUCCUCCAGUUUCAACCUCCACAUAUAGAAUAAACAUGUGUUUGUAGUAUUUGGCUGCUAUAAAUUACCACUUGGUAAGCCACUUCGUUUAGCUAUCAUUUGUGGCCAGGUCACUUCUGAAAAAGAGCUUAAUAGGACAGUGGGCCUUACCUGGUAAAAUGAAAUAGAAGUUGAAUAGUUUAUAGGUCAUUUCAUAAAAAUGUGAAUCUGAAUCUCUGCAUAUUUUUGCUUGAAAUUGUGUGUGGAAUUAAGGCAGCUCCACGCUUUAAAUAACAAUGUCAUUAGGGAGGUCAACUGCACUGGUUAGGUGAAAAAUUUGAAAUGUAUUUUCUGGGCCUAUAGUUAUAGCAGACUUGAAGUUGGGGUUGGUGGACCAGAGAAUUAUAUAAUAAUAAUAAUAAAAGGCAGUCAACUGCAGUUGCAGUUGGGAGUGAUUAAGCAAUACCUUGGGAGGUCUUCUGACCGAUGACAAGGAGGUCUUCUAACUCAUGGUAUUUAUAGAGCUAUUGACUUUGAGUGCUGGACAUGAACAACACGUUUUAGCACUUGCGCUGAAAUGCUGUGCUCUACUUUUCUUUUCAUAUUCCGCGGUCGAUUGAAGAUUGUACCUUUAAAUCGCGCGCAAAGCGCACGCUUUCACACGCGCAAAUCGGCGGAGCCAUCUCCUUCCCCGCACGCACGUCAGGGGCCCGAUGCGAGGCUAGUGCUCAGAAGCCGGAGUUAAACUUUGAUUGACCCCCGCUGUUUCGCACAGCGGUGGCGGGGCAACAACAGCGGUGGGGCGGCUGUGACGUCAUCGGAUAGAUGACGUUUAACGGAACGCUGGUUUCAUCCACAAUGCUCUCUGGCACAUUUUGUACCACUUCACCAAAUUGGACUGAGUACUUUCGAUUGCGAUUCUGGCAACCUUUUCCACGUAGCAAAUACAAGACUGCAAUAUUGAACCUUCAUCAGUGUUAUCAGAAUUGCUCGAUCGGGCAUUUCUAUCGAUUUAACUUAAGCAAAAAAAAAAUACCCCUUAAUUAAAUUCAUAGCGUUUAGUAAUGAGAUUGAUAAUGAUCGUAAUUUACAGACCUAUGUUGAUCUGUAAUUUAACGAAUGCCUCCACACGCCAUGUGGGUAAGGAAGACUGUUGGGAAGCAUGCUUCACUCGCAGGUCGUAAGCAUGUUAAGGAGGAUAUUCUGCUUGGGACGUUGGCUCAAUGAGCAUUUUGUCGGAGGAAGCCCGAUCACACGGAGAUAACCCCCUCCUCCCCCCCCCCACCGCGCAAUCGACUGGAUGAUGCCAUCUCAGGUGUGCGUCAACCUGUACGUAUAUUGGUCUUCUCUCGCACCGUACGUAGCCAAUCGUGCUCAAUCAGAGGUGCGUGGGGAGGACAACAAACUGAACCCAAAAAAAUCUGAUCUAAGGAAAUGAAUUCUUCAAUCCAGAUUUUAAAGCACCCUGGCCUAAGUGCGACACAGCAAUUGCAAUCUAGAACGUUAUCCACGAAUAUAAUGUGGCGACGCAUUUGCUGUGAGAGCACAUACAUUGCUCCUUAAGAGGAACUGCGAGUCCGAUAGAGAACUGCUUAGGAGAUUGCCACAUACCCACCAAACAUCCGCAUGCAUGACAAAAAAAAAAAGAAGGAAAAAAACCAACAUCGCACGGUAUUUUUCUAAAGCUCCGAACUCCGUCAAUGCAGCAUCACUCAACGCGCGGCGCCAACAACGAAACAUCGCUGGGAAAUUAACUGGAGCGCCGGCAAACGCCGUAUGUAUGUAUCCCGAACAUACAGAGGCGCAACCCGGCGCCGGACAAAGGGGACAUGGCUGCUGCUGCUGCUGCUGCUGCCGUCACCACGACAUCAGCCGUGUCGGCAGGAGAACGCCGCGACUCGUGCCGCACGGACUCCGAUUCUGAGACGGGGCCCGGGACGACCGCGGCGGCGAUGCCGACGCCGCGGGACGCGGCUCGCAAAGACGCGGACGACGAGAAGGCCUGCGUGCGCGGGAAGGACGAUGCCAAUCUGGACGAGGAGGAGGAGGAGGAGGAUUCCUCCUCCUCCGGCGCUGCCACCGCCACGGCCGCCACGGCCGCCGGCGCCCCGGGUGCUGGUCCGGGCGGCUUCGGGCCCGGGAAGAUUCCCAACCGCGACAGCGGAAUCGAGAGCCUGAGCUCGGCGUUCCCGGCGGACGAUGCCGACAGCAGGGAAGGCGUCGACGACGUGAGGGAUGACGAUCGGGACUGCCAGUGUGGCGUGCGGUCGGAGGCUGUCCCGCCGGCGCCGGGAGAGACGGGUGGCGCUGCCGAGCGGCGGAAGCUGGCGCGCGACAGCCGCAGGAGAGAGACGCUCGAGGAGUUUGAGAGCGAUCUCGAGGAGGGGAGCAGCGACGACAACGCGGAGCCGACGAGACACGCGGCGCCCGAGCUCGGAGGAGACUCGCAAACGGCCGAGCCUCCCAAGGAGAAGUUGUACAAAAUUGCUGAUGAGCUUCUGCAGACCGAGAGGGCGUACGUGACGAGACUUCACCUCCUGGACAAGGUCUUCUGCGCCCGACUGCUCGAGGAGUCUUGCAUCAAGAGCACCUUCCCGGCCGACGUGGUGACCGGCAUCUUCUCAAACACCUCCACGAUUCACAUGUUCCACCAGGAGUUCCUGCUGCCCGAGCUUGAGAAACGCAUGCAGGAGUGGCACGAGAAUCCCCGCAUCGGAGAUGUCCUACAGAAGCUAGCUCCCUUCCUCAAGAUGUAUGGGGAGUACGUCAAGAACUUUGAUCGAGCCAUGGACCUGCUCAACACGUGGAUGGAGAAGUCUUCCCCGUUCAAGGCCAUCAUCCAGGAGAUACAGAAGCGGGAUAUUUGCCACAACCUGACGCUGCAGCACCACAUGCUGGAGCCGGUGCAGAGGAUCCCGCGGUACGAGCUGCUCCUCCGCGACUACCUCAAGCGGCUGCCCGAGGACGCGGUCGAUCGCAAGGACGCGGAGAAAUCCUUGGAAAUCAUCUCCACAGCUGCAAACCAUUCCAAUGCCGCCAUCAGGAAAAUGGAGAAAAUGCACAAGCUGCUGGAGGUGUACGAGAUGCUGGACGGUGAGGAAGACAUCGUCCACCCGUCUAACGAGCUCAUCAAGGAGGGCCAGAUCCUCAAGCUGUCGGCGAAGAACGGCACCGCUCAGGAGAGGCACCUCUUCUUGUUCAACAACAUGCUCCUCUACUGCGUGCCCAAGCUGCGACUCAUGGGGCAGCAGCGAUUCAGCGUACGCACGAGGCUCAACAUUGACGGCAUGCAGCUGCAGGAGGUCGAGUCCCAAGGGCAGCCAUACACGUUCAGCGUCUCGGGGAAGCAGAGGGCCUUGGUCAUCCGAGCACGAUCAGAAGCUGAGAAGAAAGAGUGGGUCAAGGCGAUCCGCGACACGAUAGAGAAGCACGAGAAGAACAGCGAGAGCUUCAAGGCGUUCAACAGCUCCUUCAACAGCUCCUUCACGCGCGAUGACGACGGAGAGUUCUCGGCCACGGAGCUGGGGCGACGGGCGCCUCACCUGGUGCGUGAGCGCAGCGUGUCCGAGUGCAUGAGCUGCUCGGAGCCCUUCAACGCCCUCACGCGCAGGAAGCAUCACUGUCGUGCCUGCGGCCACGUCGUGUGCGGCAAGUGCUCCGAGUACAAGGCGCAGCUGGAGUACGAGGGCGGGAAGCUGGCCCGCGUGUGCCACGACUGCUACGGCGUCCUGAGGCCUCAGCAGCAGCAGCAGCAGCAUGAGACGGAGGAGCUGCCCGACGACGUGCGACGGGCUCGAGUCGCCGCGGUCGCCGAGCGGCGUGCCUCGGCGGAUCCGGCGGGCAGCAUUCUGUGUGGAUUCCUGAGUCUGUCGGAGCGCGGAGUGAAGGCAUCGCACCGCGCCUGGUUCACCGUGCCACGCUCAGAGCCACUCGUCCUCUACAUGUACGAGACCGCAAAGGACGCCAAGCCUAUGCGGACGAUCCCGCUGCCGGGCUACGCCAUCAGCCCCCUGGAGGCGAGCGACCCGCACGAGGCGCGACACGCCUUCAAGAUGACGCAGUCGCGGCAGACGCUCUACUUCGGCACGGACGGGGAGGAGAGCCAGCGGCGGUGGAUGGGAUACCUGGCCUUGGCGGCGAUCGGCGAGGUGCCGUCGUGUCCCCCGUCGCCCAGCGUCGUCAGCAAGCAGGUCUCCAUCCCCGAAGAGGGCGCCGAACAAAACGACGAGUCCUCGGCUCAGUCGGACAGCAUCCUUGACACCAGUGCUUCAUAGUAGAAGACUACGCGGUCACUGUGUCGCGUUAUUCGUUGGUGUUGUGUCGUCGUCGUCGUCGUCGUCGCCGCCGUCGGUGUCGGUGUCGGUUUUGAGUUGACUUGUUUCCCGUUGGGAUACCUUGAGGGUUUCGAGACCACUUUGGUUUUUUUGUUGAUUGUGAAAGGAAAGGUUUGUGUGGGGAAAAAAUGGGAAAGCUGAUUUUUUUUUUUCAAAAAACUAAUUGAAAAUUCGGAUGUCCCAAAGGCGAAUUGUGCAAUAAGAUGGCCUGCUUUCAAAACUGCGACAAACUUAAGGGCUGCGUGGUCAAUCCAGUGGAAUAUAUUCAAGCCGGCAGGUUAAAAAAAAUUGAAGUUGCCAAUCACGAAAAUGGUUGAUGAUGCUUAAUAGUCUGGAGGUAAAAGAAUAUAUUUAGUUUUUACAUUUUUUUUUUUACAAAUACAAUUGUAUAUCACAAAUGUAAUUUAUGGUAGAAAUUUUAAACAAACUUGAGUCAGGUCAUUGCAGGAUUUUACCAAAUAAGGAAAGUCCAUCUUAAAAAAGAGACCAUUUUACUUCCUGUUGAAUCCAUAAUAAGCUAAAGUAUAUAAUUGGAUGGUUUCUGCAUGCUAUUGACACUGUCCAUGUGCACUACAGAGGUAGGGAUUCUGCACUGCUAAUUUACCCUCAUGCUUUGUUUCGAUGGCAUGAACCGGUAGCACAGUAGUCAGCACACUGCGCUAUAAACCUAGCGGACUCGAGAUCAAUUCCCAGCCAUGGCUAAAAUCAGGAGUGAGUGAUUUAUUGAACAGGUUCAGGGCCUUUCCCUCACCAAUCUGUACUGACCAGGAGCGUGCGGUAAAGUAUAACUCCUGUGACCAGCAAAGUGUAGGAAGACCUUCAUCUAGCAGUGUAUAAACAAAACAGCUGGACAUCAUUUAUGAUUUAUCUCAUGAAAUCCCCGUGGUAUGCAAUACGGCCAAUCGUAUGCAGUCUAACUGCAAUCAAAGUGAACUAAACACGAUAAUAGUCUUCAGUUUUUUAAAAGAAUGCAGCCAUAUUUACAUGUUUUGGGCCUAACAACUUGCCACGCAAAUCUCUUCCCCCGAAUGGCCAUUUUAAACUGUGAUUAGUUCACCUUCGGUCAUCAUUGUGUAAAGAUUUUUUUUUUUUAAACGAGCAGAAAGGGAUGGCACAAAUAUUUAGAGCCCGUGAGGCCUUACACACGAAAGGCUGAGGGAACGUAAAAACAAAUCGAUUUCGACUCGGACGAAAGUCGUAACUGCCUGUUUCUUCCCACUUCAAAUUUCGGCGAAGGCCCGGCUUCAUUUAAAUGCAAACUCUUUCUAUCCACAAAAGUGGCCUUAAGUAAACGGAGACUCCUCAAAAGCAAGCGUUGUCCAUCAGUCUCCUCGCCGAAGUUGGCCUCGUGUUCCCUCGCCUUGGAGUGUCAAGCACAGCGCUGCACGUCAAUAAUGAGUGCGUUCGGUUUGCACUUGCAAGCGUUCAAUGGCUUGCAAUUGAUUCAUUUAAAGAAAGGGGGGUGGAGGCAGUGAGGUGGGGGCGUAUAAGCACUGCUGUUCUUCUUAAAAUUACGAAACAAGUAGUUGUAAUGUUUUAUAAGCUACGGUUGUGUGAGGCACAAAACAGGGCAUGUGUGACAUCUGUCUAUCGUGCCAUCGGCUAGAAAUGUGCUAAGUCUGCAGAGGACUGAUUGUAGGGGACAAGGGUUGCCACCCAUCCUGGUUUUUACUGGACGUUCUCUUUUUUGGGGUAACCGUUCCCUGAAAAUCUCUAGGUCUUACCGGCAUGUCAAGAGUCCUGUCUGUUGGUCAGUUACGUAGUAAUAUACCGCUCGAGACAAUGCGUUUACAUGUAGGUCCCCUAUACCACUAUUGUGAGACAUUCUUCAUUUAUUCGAUGUCCCUGGUGGGAGUUUUGGCAACCCUCCCGGGGAGCAGGAACGGACGCUCGAAUAGCAUUUGCUGAACAUACGAGACGUUGCGUGUGCUGGCGUUUUUCCUCGUGUAAAAUAUUAGACCGCCCCCCCCAAAAUUAUAAUUUCACGCUCACGGAACAUGACAGGAUUUUUCAAACUGAGGUUUUUAACAUGGUUGAUACCUUUUUAUAUUAAGAAGCAUGCCUGCACACCGGAGUAACAAAGGCGGCUGGUUGAGGCCUGCUUUUGCGAGGCCCCUAUUGGUUAUUUAAGAUUGCGGACGUAAUUCUAUGUAAAAAUGUAAAAUUUUAAUCAGAUUAAAAUGCAGAUGGAAGAUCUCUCUUACAAAAACAAAAUGAUAAAUUAUCUCAGCCUAAGCUACAUCGAACCUGUGAUAAUACGUUUAGGGAAAAGCAAACGAAUUGUACGGCUAUGUGCAAACUCCUUUAUUUUUUUGCACCCAAAAUAAUUGUGGCACUCAUUAAAGCCCAAUUUGUGGCCUAGUAAAACCCAGCUGUUUUGACAGUGGGCAUUAUUAACGCAAGCAUUAUAUCCAUUAAGACCCCACGGUGAUUUUUGUUGCUGUUGCCAAUACAUUUGAGUUAAUAUGUGUAAAUAUCUGCAUUGUACUUUUAUACACAAUAUAAUUAGAAAAUGGGUGCACUUUUGGAGGCAGAAUUUGAUUGUCCUAUGUAUUUUUUUCAGUUGUCGCUCAUAGCUUUUGUUAGCAAGUGAUUGUUAGUGUCAAACAAUCAGGGACCACAUAAUUCUCAGAGCUCCCAAAAAAUGCCAGGUUAUAAAUAAAUACAAUUUCGGGACAUUCCUCGGAGCAAAAGCUUGCGUUUAGCCAUUUCCAAACGGCCUAAAUGCCUGGUUAUGGAGGAAGAGAGAAUACAUUUCCACUCCCCGUUGAAACAGCUAAAGGACGUUAUUUGGACAACGGAGCACAAACAUCACCAUUGGCACUUGCAGAGUCUAACUCCUGGAAAUGACAUUGGGAGGUUUAUUUCAUUGUAGAAUGCAUUUGUACAUACAGUGGUGCCAUUCCUACCUCUUGUAUUACCACUCGAGGCAAAAUCAGAACCCUCCUCCUCCUUGUGAUAUGGCACUGUUUUUUUACGUACUUUCCUCUCACCAUUAUUAUAUUUUAGUUUUGCAUUGCGCUCGUUUUAUUAGUCGUGGUUGUAUUGUGGACCAUGCUUUGCAGAUAUUUUUCAAUUCCGCGUAACGACACCGAGAUACAUUUGUUGGGUUUUUCUGAUCCACUUUUAGAAACCGGAUUCAAGAAGACAUCUGCGUCGUUGGGAUUUUCUUUUUUGACAUUUCCACCUCCUUUUGUGAACAAAGUGACCGCAUUUUCGAGAGGUAACGUAAUCUCGACUCUUUUAUUUUUUUUUAAAGAGAACGCUCAAGAAAAAUUGACGAAAGUUAAACAAAAGAUACGUCCGUUUGGCUGCAGUUCUACCUGAAUGAAAAGCAGUAGUGGGUGGGUGUGUUAGUGAUAAUGGUCAGUGAGGUAAGCAUGGAGAUCGGAAGAGCGCAUUUCAUAGAGAAUAAACAGCAGCAGUCGUGGUGAUUCUGGAGUGAAAUGCCUUAGGAAGCAAAAUCUAUAAAGGGUUGAAACAUAAAUAAUUUAUUAAUUGCUUGAUGAAUGAUUAACACAACAAGUUCUAUACAUAAACCGAGUGCAUUUUAGAGCAAAAAAGAUAACAUAAAAUAAAGUGAAUGCGAUGACAUCAUCGUCAUCAUCAAACUCCAUGGGCAGACAGCCAAUGGGUAUCCACUGAAAUUCUUGUCGCUAGUUUCCACUUCCCUCUAUCAUGUGCCAACGUUAGACAAGUACUACAAUUUGUGCUGGAAAUUCCACGAAAGUUGUGAGAUUGUUUAAAAUGAGCAUUUUUGAAUUUACAUUCGCUGCAUUAUGACCAAACAUUUCAGGAUAAUUGGCAAUAAUCAUACAUUGUUGAAUUGAGAUCAUUUGAAAUCAUGAUCACAACUUUCAAUGUUUUCCCAUAAUUAUCAAAUAUAUCGAAACUACAUCUUGAUACAUUUUUAUAUAAAUGGCUUUUAGUUCUAGCAGUUCAUUUUCCAGUAAAACAAAUUUUAAAAAAAACAAAUUUCGCGAUAUCGCUAUUAUUUUCAUGAUGAUACAUUGUGAGUAUUUAUAGCACAAAUUUGUCCUGGCGUGACCCAGGACUUGACGACUCAAAACUUCUGACCGGUGGCAGCAGCACAGCAUCGCAGACACGAUGCGAAUAUAACAAGUGAAAUUCUGGCCACGAAAGCCGAGAACCAAUGGAAAGUUUGGACACUUCCAGAUUUUACGAAACAAGACGUGGGCACACGGCAAUUGCCAAUUCCCACUGCUACCGUCACCGCAAGCACCUACACGUGAAUACCAACAAGACUUGAAAAAGGAUGGUGACUAGCCGGUCACACACAGGUAUUCCACUUGUUGAUAUCUCUAGCCAAUGCAAUGCAUGCCAGCGGAGGACCAACGUGUUGUUAUAUUUUUAACUACGAUGCUAUUGAUUGGUUGGAAAUUAAUUCAAACUCUGCAGAGUCUACUCCUGAAUGAGCCGACGGCCAAACAACUGUUUUGGGUCGGAGGUAAUAGGCGACAGUGUUGUAUUCCGCCAUGUGUAUAAUUUCACGUUUGAAUAUCGACCGGACAAGCGUCUUGCCAUUAUUGGCUCAUCUUAUAGGAGACUUCAAGCCAACAUUUUCGCGAGCCUGUAGUUUGUACCGCGGCUGUACAUAGCAGUGGACCUGGGAUAGUUGCGAUAGUAAAAUGGCUCUAGGGCGAGACAACGCUGUGCGUGGAGCGUUAUCGCCGAGAUGGUCCAGGGUUUAAAAUGCCUUCAGGAAAUAUUCAGUCCGCGCCUGUUGUUUAGGUCGAUGUCAAAGACCUCCUCCUACCCCCUCCCCGUCUUAAUGCGCUGAUAUUUUGCGUGUGACUAUGAAGUUUGAGAGGUCAAUGUUAAGAUCAAGUUUUUGGACUUUAAAAAAAACAUCCCCUUGACCACCCCUUGUACAUAUGGCGACAUUCGGUCACUUUCACGGCGUUGCUCCGUUAACAAUGUGGGCAAAAUUGAUUGUGUCUGUGCGAUAAGUACGCCUACUCUUAAAAAAAACACGUGCCCCAUUCCCAACAAUGUGUGCGUGUACAUAUGUGUGCGAGUGUAACGAGUCUCAAAUCACGGUCUGUAUUAUAUACACACACACCACACACACACUCGCACACGCUUAUCUUUAUAACUGUAUUAUUUGUUCUAUAUAAUCCGUCUCUUUAAUUUAUCUCCGCGGUUCCAUCAUGCUGUACAUUGAUGACAGGACUUGGUACGCUUUUUUUUUCUCUCUCAUUCGUUGGUGGCUGGCCACUAUCGGCUUCGCAGGUGUUGCUACACCUCUCGUGGCUCACCUGACGUGGAGUGAAAGGGGGCAGCUCUUUUUUGUUUUCUGCAUUGAGAGGGGUGUGGAGGUGAGAAAGGCAGUGCCGUAGUUUUCUUUGCGCAACAAUUUACGACAGAGCUCCUCCUGCUAUCCCCGCUCAGAUGUGUAUGCUUGCAUAUGUUCCAAAUUUAAUUUGUAUUUUUGUUGUUGUAACGCAUUACUGUACCCGUAGUAUUAUUAUUAUUGUCGUCGUCAUUGUUGUUAUCACGAAUAUUAUUUCAUCUCUGGCCGUUGCAAAAAAAUAAUUGUGUUCGCAUUCUUUUUUUUUGUUUGGUGCUGUUCAAAAAAAAGAACUUUUACAAUAAAGAUAACUGGAUGGAAUAUUUUAAA